AUGUACGGAAAGAUCGAGUUCGAGUCGGCCCGUGUUCUAACUCACAAGAACUGCGGAUUUGUCAACUUCGAUCGCCUUGACAGCGCCGUGCAAGCCAAGUCGCUGCUCAAUGGCAAGGAGAUUUUCCCCAGGCGCAGGCCAAGAAGUACCGGACGAAGAAUCUUGAGGAAUCAUCGGAAUCUUGAGGAAUCAUCGUGGCAGUUAUUUACAUAA